AAAACAGAAAAGAAACAAGUUUUUAUCCUUCCUUAAGGUUAAGAUUUGGGUGGCAUAUUUUCAAGUGGUUGAGAAAAAUUAUACAGCGGGAGUGUUGUGAUUUCUAAAUCUGAGAUUCUGAAUCUGAAGCUACGAUGAGAAGUUGAAGUUGAAGAAGCAAAAUGGUGAAGCAUUCGCAAGCGUGGUUGUUGUGAUUUCUAAAUCUGAGAUUCUGAAUCUGAAGCUACGAUGAGAAGUUGAAGUUGAAGAAGCAAAAUGGUGAAGCAUUCGCAAGCGUGGUUGGCAAUGCGGAGCAAGACUUGUGCGCUAACACUCCUGGCACUCUUGUCCCUCUCCACCCUCACCCUCCUCUUCCUCCGAACCACUUCCGAUUCCUGCACCCAACCUCAGGUUCGGAAUUUGGAUGCGCUUCAGCCUCGGACUGAUUCCAAGUUACCGAACCCUCUGGAAUUCAUGAAGUCGAAGCUCGUUCUCAUGGUCUCGCACGAACUCUCCCUCUCCGGAGGACCUCUCUUGCUCAUGGAACUAGCGUUUCUGCUACGCUCCGCCGGAUCCGACGUCGUUUGGAUCACCAAUCAGAAACCUCCUAAACCCGACGAUGUCAUCUACACUUUAGAAAACAAAAUGCUCGACAGAGGAGUGCAGGUGGUGGAUGCGAGAGGUGAAAAGGCUGUGGAUACAGCUCGUAAUGCAGACUUGGUGAUUUUGAAUACUGCUGUGGCUGGGAAGUGGCUUGAUGCUGUUCUCAAAGAAAAAGUUUUGGAGGUUCUUCCAAAGGUUUUGUGGUGGAUUCAUGAAAUGCGAGGGCAUUAUUUCAAAGUGGAGUAUGUUAAGCACCUCCCUUUUGUUGCAGGUGCCAUGAUCGAUUCGCAUACGACUGCUGAAUACUGGAAGAAUAGGACUAGGGAGCGUUUAGGGAUUAAAAUGCCUGAAACCUAUGUUGUACAUCUUGGAAAUAGCAAGGAGCUUAUGGAGGUUGCGGAAGAUAGCGUGGCCAAGAGGGUUCUUCGAGAGCAUGUUCGGCAAUCUCUUGGAGUGAGGAAUGAUGAUCUACUUUUUGCCAUCAUAAAUAGUGUUUCACGUGGUAAAGGGCAGGAUCUAUUUCUUCGGUCCUUUUAUGAAAGUUUGAUGCUCAUCCAGGAGAAGAAACUGCAAGUUCCAUCUUUGCAUGCUAUAGUUGUAGGGAGUGACAUGAAUGCUCAGACAAAGUUUGAAACAGAAUUGCGUCAGUUUGUCAUGGAGAAAAAAAUCCAGGACCGUGUUCACUUUGUUAACAAAACCCUGGCAGUGGCUCCUUAUCUGGCUUCUAUUGAUGUUCUUGUUCAGAAUUCUCAGGCUAGGGGAGAAUGUUUUGGAAGGAUAACCAUUGAAGCAAUGGCAUUUCGCCUGCCUGUACUUGGAACUGCAGCUGGGGGCACAGUGGAGAUUGUGGUGAAUAGGACAACUGGUUUACUGCACCCCGUUGGAAAAGAAGGUGUGACACCUCUUGCAAAAAACAUUGCGAAUUUGGCAACUCAUGUUGAGAGGAGGCUAACUAUGGGAAAGAAAGGAUAUGAGAGAGUGAAGGAGAGGUUUCUGGAGCCACACAUGGCACAGAGAAUCGCAUUGGUUCUGAAGGAAGUGUUACGGAAGGGUAGCCACAAUUAAAAUUAACCAGCUUAGGCAUUUCGCUGUUUUGAAAUUGUAAAUUCUACAGGGCAAACAUAAUGUUUUGGUGAGAGUGAAUUGUAUACCACCAUAUCUUAUGUCAUAUGUACCGUAUGCUGUAAGCAAUUGGUUGAUAUAUAGGAUUUUGAUAUGAUUAUUUUUGAA